AUGGAAGGAGAGAAGUUUGACGUCACGCCCCUGACCAAGGUCAAGCGGCUGCCCAAGAGGGCGGUGUACGACAAGGAGCAGGUCUAUGCCAUCCUCGACGAGGCGUUCGUGUGCCACGUGGGGUUCAGCGUCGACGGCCGGCCCUUCGUCCUGCCCACCGGGUUCGGCCGACGAGGCGAGUGGCUCUACCUCCACGGCAAGUCGUCCAGCCACAUGAUCAAGCACAUCGCGCAGGGCCACCCCAUUUGCAUCACCGUCACUCUGCUGGACGGCAUUGUGGUCGCGCGGAGCUUGUUCCACAGCUCGAUGAACUACCGGUCUGUCGUCAUCUUCGGCAAGGCGGAGGAGAUUACUGACCCCGAGGAGAAGGUGGAGGCAAUGAAAAUCCUCAGCAACCACAUCAUCCCUGAUCGUUGGGAGAACGCGCGCCUGCCGACUCCGGCAGAGAUCAAGGGCACCAAGAUGGUGAAGCUGCAUCUGGAGGAAGUGUCGGCCAAGGUGCGGGUUGGGCCGCCGAGCGACGACGAUGCCGACCUGGCAACAGACUUCUGGUCGGGCGUGAUCCCCGUCACCACCCAAUACGGAACCCCUGAGGCCGACCCCACGCUCAAGCCCGACAUCUCGGCCCCGCCCAAUGUGGCCGCCUACCGCAGGCCCACGCCCUCCGGCCAGUAG